GGGGAAUCCUAUAAUGUUACCAAUAACACCAUAUCUUCAAUUUAUGAAACUGGUCGAGAUUUCCUUAAUAUGAAUACUUAUGUCACUCCAAGUAUACAAAAAAUCGAAAAAAUGUUUUUAGCUCAACAAAAUAAUAUAACCUCCUCUAUAGCAAGACAAAUUUCUAAUGAUUCGAUUUUUUCCAAUACUAAUUCAUUAAAUCUCAUAACUGCACCAAUGACGUUUCUUUACGAAGAUUCAAGACCUUUCCGUGAUCCAGUGUUAGUCGCUCCUUCUCAAGUUGGGUUGAUUUAUAUGAUUAUCGUUACCUUUUUCAGUUUCAAUUUCUUUAGUGACGUUCAUCAAAAAGUCGCUAAAUUUAAUUUGAAAAAUCAUCAUUUCUUAUUCUACCGUGUUGCUUCCACUAUUAUUUCUUUCUUUGUCUUGAGUUUUUUCUAUUCUUUAGUAAGUUUAGUCAUGCAAGUUGACAUGCAAGUCGCUUUUGGUAAAUCUGGGUUUUUGGUUUAUUGGAUGACUUCUUUCUUAACCAUGUGGGCUGUUGGUGCAAUGAAUGAAAUUAUGGGCAUGCUACUUAUUUUAUUGUAUCCUCCUUUAUUAGGGUUUUGGAUGUUGUUCUGGGUCAUCAUUAAUAUUUCUCCUACUUUCACUCCCUUGGCCUUGAGUCCUAAAUUCUUUAGAUACGGCUAUGGUUUACCAAUCCAUAACUCUUACGAAAUCACCAAAGUUAUCUUUUUCAAUACUUACAAAGGUCAAUUAGGUAGAAAUUAUGGGAUCUUAGUCGCCUGGGUAGUCAUUGAAACCAUUGCCUUGGUCCCUACGGUCAUACUCUUUGGGAAAACAAUGGGUAAGAGGGCUGCCCAAGCAAAAGCCGCCCAAGCAAAAGCCGCCCAAGAUAACUAAUCUUUCCCCUAAUCUUUAAUUCAACUUGUUCAUAAACUAUACCUAUAUAUCUCUCUCUCGCUACAUAUAUCUCUUUAGUUAAUAAUAUAUCCGUGCACCCAA